AUGGCUGAAGAUGUCUCCGCGCUUCUGUACCAAGCCGCUGGAAUGGCAGGGUCGGUCGUUGACGCAAAUGGAUGCAGAAUCACCUACGCUCUGUCAUGUACCGACCAGAAAGUUUGCGGUUCCUCUAGCGAUCUGACGAAAACAAUAACGCAGAAUGGAGCAUCAUCGUACACAAUGCAGUAUACGUCGUUCGGUCCGGCAAGCUCCUUCUCGAGCAAGCUCUUCCAGAGCAUGGAGGAGAGGUGCCGCUUGUUCGGCACGACUGUCGCAGCUUGCACUGCCACGGCUGCCAUCGGAUUGGGCAGCAUCUCAGUCUCGUCGACGAACACGUACGCCGUCACCCAGGAGGCGCUGUUGAGUUAUGCGCAGGUUCCGAUCACUGCUGGACCUGCUGCCGCGAGCGCAUCUGUGUCGAGUUGCUCGGCCUCGGGAAAUGUGGCGGUCGCCGGCUCGAGUUCAGUUUCAUCGACAUCUGCUUCACCCACCGAAGAACGGACGACAGUUGCUUCAGUAAGCAGCACUGCGCCGACGGAGACUGGUAGCUCUGGGGCUUCUGGGUUAUCGACCGGUGCGAAGGCGGGCAUUGGGGCUGGUGUUGGCGUUGGCGUGGCUGCCUUACUUGGGAUCGGAGCCGCUUUCUGGUUCGUUCGGCGCCGUCGGGCAGGCAAAGCGAAGCAGCAGCCGCCGCCAACUCCGUCUUACGAUGAGGUGCCCAAGCCAGAGAUGGACGGCAACGAUGGACGGCAUGAGAUGUAUCAGCCGCAUGUACAACACGAGUUGGCAGGCGCCAAACAGGCGCAUGAAAUGUCGGCAGCUUACGAUGGCUAUGCUGUAUCUCCAAAUGGGCCGCGAUAUGAGCUGCACUGA